AUGAGCUUCACAGCUUUGCAGGAGGAGCUUCGCAAGACGGGGAUGCCUUUCUCAAGGUCAGCACUGCAAUCGUCCGCAGACGAGGCCAGCACGGGUGACGACUCUGAGGGAAGUUCUUUUCAGCCCGCAAGCAAAAGGUACAUGGGUUCGGACGCCACCCGAUACAGCUCUCCCACGGAGGAUGCUGGAGACGGCUCUCCCGAGUCCGUGGCACCGGCGCCGUGGACAAUUCCAAUGCCGGGGAGCAAGCACAAAGAGCUCAUCCCCGGCCAGCAGGAGUUUUACAGCAACACGGACCUCUUCCGAGUGAUGCAGGAACUACAAAGGGCCACGGCAAACCCGCUGGACGUUGUGAAUCCAACUCCAUAUCUACCUCAAGAUGCAGGCUACUUCAGUGACGAACUUGCAAAACAAUGGCUGCAGAAGGAGGUUGCGGAGUUGGCGGACCUGAUGGCGCAGCGCGAGUCAGAAAUGCAGAGCCUCCAUCAGCAGCUUACGAUGAUUUCAGCGUUGCAAACUCCCAUGUCGCAGCCGCAAGCACCCCAACUGAAUCAGGGCCUGGAGAUGCAAAUCCACAUGCUGCGGAACCAGUUGGAUGAGAUCAGUCAAAUGAUGAGGCUAUCUCAGCCAGGACCUCCUCCACAGACCUUCACAAAAAGCCAGAGCCCAUCACAGGAGGACGAAAUCCUGACCGUGAUGAUGCGCAACAUCCCGAACAAGUACACGCAGAAGAUGCUCAUUGAGGAGGUGAACUCCGUUGGCUUUCAGGGCACCUAUGAUUUCGUCUACUUGCCAAUUGAUAAGGAGUCCGGCGCAAACAAGGGGUAUGCGUUUGUGAAUUUCCUCCGCCCUGACUAUGCAUACGCCUUCAAGCGAGCUUUCAACGGGAA